AUGAACAAGACGGUGGAAGAGGUUGUUGAUGUAAUAGAUGAUGUAGUGAGGAACUACAUGAGUUGGCAAGAGGUUGAGGAAGAGUCAACAAACGAGUGUGCCUCGGUUGAUCAAGUCAAUGCCAUCAACAAAUUAAUAAAUGAUCGUGAUGCUUCUAAUUGUCCAAAUGUUCCUUGUGAUGGAUGUGAUGAAUACGAUGAAAAUGAAAAUUUUCAUGUGAAUUAUAUUGGUAAUAGUGGUUUUGGAUCUAGAGUUAAUGCUCAAAAGAAUGUUGGAAAUAGGAACUAUCACAACCAUCGGAGCUACGAUAAUUAUAACCAAAAUAGUGGUUAUUGGAACGAAGUAACCCAAGGGUUUCAUGGUAACCAUAACAACUUUGGUUGUAAUGAUCAAAGCUACGACCAAGAAUAUGGGGAUCAUAACCAAGGUUAUGGUGCAAUGAGGGAGCAAGGAUUGAGGGUGGAGAAAGCUCAUCGUCAACACUUAAACCUUCCCUACCCUGACUACUACUAUGAUAACCCAGUAGGGAACAAUCCUCCUCCUAAUCAACAACCAGGAAAUUCUGCUUCUUCUUCGUCAGGGGGUGGUCAAGCAGAGAAUGGAGAACAACAAGAGGGUAAUAGUUCACUUAUGGACAUUUCUGAUCCAAAUCCACAUCCAACUCCAAUAAUUAUAGAUAUUUCAUCGGAUGAGGAGGAAGAAGGGGAGUUUGUACAAGUAGAAUCUGAACCUGAGUCACCUGAACUAAUGGAAGAGUCAAAUGAUUCUAAUUUCAAUCCUUCAAGCGACAAGCAAUCCACCGAAAAAAGGGACGACGUUCGAAAGGAUUAG